ACACAAACACUUCAACGUCAACCUUCACUUCCUACUUGGACUUCCACAAAUGAACUUCAUCUUCUUUCUUUCACAGCUCAUCAACCUCUGUUGAAACGAUGUUGUCUCUUGAAGAAGAGAAGCUUAAGGAAAACUCUAGCCCCAACACCUCUCUGAAGAAGAGGGCUCCCACCUGGUCAAAUCUCUGGCUCAAAAACACCAAACCCUUGAAGCCUGUUGUCUUUACUAUGCAGCUUCAGCAAUCUUUAUCUACACCCAACUCUAAACUUUCCAACAAGGACAAAACCCUAAUCUCUAAUUUCUCUAAAGUUGACCGUACCCUUUUGUUAUCUGACGAUAUUCUCCUCAGAAUCCUCUCAAAACUUCCCCUUUCGCAGCGUAACGCUAAUUCCCUUGUUUGCAAACGCUGGUUGAAUCUUCAGGGUCGCCUUGUACGCUCACUCAGGGUGUUGAAUUGGGACUUUCUUGAAUCCGGUAGGUUGAUUUUAAGAUUCCCAAAUUUAACCAAUGUUGAUUUGAUAAAUGCGUCUCUUGUUUCGCCUAGAAAUUCGGGUAUUUUGUUGAGUCAUAAGUUGCUCUCUGUCCAUGUUGAUUCUUGGGUUACAAGGUUUUAUGAGCAUAACAUGUUGCUACCUGUUGAAAUGAUUGAUAAAGGGCUAGCAAAUCUUGCUAGUGGGUGCCCGAAUCUGCGUAGGCUUGUGGUGAUUGGAGCUAGUGAAUUAGGAUUGUUGAGUGUAGCUGAGGAGUGUUUGACUUUGCAAGAAUUGGAGCUGCAUAAGUGUAGUGAUAACUUGUUGCGUGGAAUUGCCGCAUGUGAGAAUUUGCAAAUCUUAAAAUUGGUUGGAAAUUUGGAUGGAUUUUACAGUUCAUUGGUUUCGGAUAUUGGGUUGACAAUUUUGGCUCAAGGGUGUAAGAGAUUGGUUAAGCUUGAGCUUAAUAGUUGCGAGGGUAGUUUUGAUGGGAUAAAAGCAAUUGGGCAGUGCUGUCAAAUGCUUGAGGAAUUGACGUUUGUUGAUCAUAGGAUGGAUGGUGGGUGGCUGGCCGCUCUUUCAUAUUGUGAGAAUUUGAAGACUUUGAGGUUUGUGUCAUGUAGAAGGAUAGAUCCUAGUCCAGGGCCGGAUGAGUAUUUGGGUUACUGUGCGGCUCUUGAACGGUUGCAUUUGCAAAAGUGUCAGUUGAGGGAUAAGAAGAGCGUCAGAGCACUGUUCAGGGUGUGUGAAGCUGUUAGGGAAGUUAUGUUUCAGGAUUGUUGGGGAUUGGAUAAUGAUAUCUUCAGCUUUGCAAGUGUUUUCAGGAGAGUAAGGUUUUUAUCUUUAGAAGGAUGCUCACUGCUAACAACAGAAGGUCUAGAAUAUGUGAUUCUUUCCUGGACGGGGCUUGAAAAUCUGAGUGUGAUGUCAUGUAAGAACAUAAAGGAUGGUGAAGUCUCUCCUGCACUUUCAACCUUGUUCUCUACCCUUAAAGAGCUGAAAUGGAGGCCAGACACAAAAUCUCUUCUUGCUUCAAGUCUUAUGGAAACUGGCAUGGGAAGAAAAGGUGGUAAAUUUUUCAAGAAGACAAUAAUGGCUUAAAUAGUCACCUAAAAAGAUUAUAUUUUGCACUGUUUUCCCCACCACAGCCACCAUGAAGCAACCUUGCUCUUCGAAAUGAUAUCGAUCCAUUGUAAUCACUCUCUUGUUUAUUUAGGCAGUUAACAUUCAUGUUGACAAAGGCAAAUUUUUCCUCGGCCUUCCCCUUGUCGGUAUGGAUGCCACCCAAAGCUGAAGUAUCAUGAAUUCUCAUGUCCUGUUCAGCCUUUUUCAGUGCACAUUAGAUUGUGGAUAUCAUGCUCACUUCAAUGUCAUGUGCAGGCUUCUCUAGAGGAUGUUUAGGUGCUAUUGAUGUUUCUAUAAUGCUUAACAUAUUACUUAUUUCUAAGACUCUGAUUAGAAUGUAGUAUCUGUUUAGAGUUAUUAUCUGACUGUAAAAUAUAAUUGUACUUUACUAUCUCAUAUACAACAGUUACAUUA